GACUCGAACCGUUCGUGAGUUGAUUAAAAAUUGAAAACAAACGCGCUCUAGCUUUCUACAGUAAAUCGUUCAAAGCAAAAUAAACACGAGAAGAAUCUCACGUAGCUAGAUUUGCAUCCUCUCGCCGGCGGAAGAUGACCUCGUCACUGCCGGCGAAUCAUGGUUCACGAGAUCUCGACCGUUCAUUUCCUUCAUCAUUGUCACCAACGUCAUCACCAUCUCCGUCUUUAUCCUUUGAUGCUGAUAAUAAGAUCACUGAUGCUCCCCUGCUUUCUAGGGAUUUGAGUAGCAACAAUGGACAUGGUACUGCUAAGCACAAACCACGUCGCCGAGCUGCUGCCGCUGGGAAGCUUUCUAAGCCGAAGAGGCAGCAGUCUUUCAGCCGAGAUAUCGGGCAUGCUGCCUCUGAAACUUACUUGCUCACUCGGCUCACCUUCACGCUUCUCCGAUAUCUCGGGUUAGGAUACCGGUGGAUCACGAGACUAGCUGCACUUGCAUUCUAUGCUAUUUUACUUAUGCCCGGCUUCCUUCAAGUUGCAUACUAUUAUUUUUUCUCAAGUCAGGUGCGGCGUAGUAUCAUUUAUGGAUAUCAACCCAGAAACAGGUUGGAUCUAUAUUUACCAGAAAAUAUAGAUGGGCCAAAGCCAGUUGUUGCAUUUGUAACUGGUGGUGCCUGGAUUAUCGGGUACAAAGCUUGGGGUUCUCUUCUAGGAAAACAGUUGGCAGAAAGAGACAUCAUAGUUGCAUGUAUAGAUUAUCGAAAUUUUCCCCAGGGAACCAUAAGUGAUAUGAUAAAUGAUGCAUCUCAAGGGAUCUCGUUUAUCUGCAAUAACAUCUCAGAUUAUGGAGGUGACCCUAACAGGAUUUACCUUAUGGGACAAUCAGCUGGUGCACAUAUUUCUGCUUGUGCUCUUGUGGAGCAAGCACUCAAAGAAGCUAAGGGAGAAGAGAGCAUCUCCUGGAGUGUCUCGCAGAUAAAAGCUUAUUUUGGCCUAUCUGGGGGGUACAAUUUAUGCAAGCUAGUUGAUCACUUUAAUAGUCGAGGCCUCUAUCGCUCUCUCUUCUUAAGCAUAAUGGAAGGUGAAGAAUCCUUGCAACUAUUUUCUCCUGAAGUUAGAGUAGAGGAUCCAAGCUUUAAAGAUGCUGUUCCACUCCUGCCUUGUAUUACUCUCUUUCACGGAACUGCAGAUUGUUCCAUGCCAUCAACUUCCAGUCAAACUUUUGUAGAUGCUCUUCAAAGGUUAGGAGCUCGGGCUGAUCUAAUUUUGUACGAGGGAAAAACUCAUACAGACUUGUUUCUACAAGAUCCACUAAGAGGUGGUAAAGAUGACCUGUUCGACAAUUUGGUUGCACUAAUACAUGCCGAUGACAAGGAAGCUCUCGCCAAGGAUGCUAACCCACCUCCAAGAAGACGCCUCGUUCCUGAAGUGUUGUUAAGGUUGGCUGGUCAUAUUAGUCCAUUUUAGGUCUUACAACUUUCAGACGGUUGACACCAAUAGCAGCUUCCAUGCUUUUUAUUCUUUAUUUCUUAAGCUGGCUCCUUUGUGUAUCUUAUUUUUAAAUAUUUCGUGGCAGCUUUGUGCAUAUAGUCAAAAAUUUUAACAGGAACUGCGUCUGCAUGAAUUUCUUGGGAAAUUAUAGGUAAACUAUUUUAGUGUAAGUAUGGCUUCUCAUUUCUAUUUCAAGAAAUAAAUGGAUUAACUCCACCUUA